AUUCCGACCGCUUUUAUUACUCGGAGUUUGUCUCCGCCCUUUCCUUUUUCAUUCUAGCGUUCACAUACACCAUGUAAUGGAGCUCCCACAUAUCAGCCUAAGGGCAUUUUGGUCAUUUCUCCUUAUCUCUUCCAUUCACGUUCCAUGCUUCUUCGGAUCUGCCGCUCACUUCUCCAACGAAACCGAUCGCCUUGCUCUGCUUCACUUGAAACAUAUGAUAACCGACGAUCCUCUCCAUUCCAUGAGUUCUUGGAAUGAUACUCUCCACUUCUGCCACUGGCAAGGAGUCACGUGCAGUAGCUGGCAUCCUGAAAGGGUUACCGCCUUGAACCUCACUGACCAGAACUUGGCGGGCCCCAUUUCUCCCUUCAUAGGGAACCUCACCUUCCUCAGUGUAAUCGAUCUCUCAGCCAACAGCUUCUACGGAACGAUUCCUGAAGAAAUGGGUCGUUUGCUUCUCCUGCGGUAUCUCAGUGUGGCUAAUAACACAUUCACCGGAGAAAUUCCAGCAAAUCUGACCCACUGUUCGAAACUCGAAGCCCUUAGUCUUUAUGGGAAUCAGCUGUCAGGGAGGAUUCCAAAUGAGUUUGGAUCUCUAUUGAAUCUCACAAGAUUGGACCUUGGUCACAACAAUCUUAUAGGAAGCAUACCACCUUCACUUGGAAACCUUUCGUCUCUCACUCACCUUUAUCUCCGAAGAAAUAGUCUGACGGGCAGCAUCCCGGAUGAACUCAGCCGGUUGGUAAUCUUGGAGCUUCUUAGCAUAAGUGAAAAUGAAGUUUCAGGUACGAUUCCGCCACUGCUAUACAAUCUCUCCUCUAUUAAGUGUUUGGACGUAGGAUGGAACAGAUUGCAAGGAAACCUUCCACCUAACAUAGGCCUCACUCUUCCUAAUCUCCAACAGCUUUAUGUCGAAGGAAAUCAAUUCACAGGACCCAUACCAGUUUCAUUAUCCAAUGCUUCAGGGCUUUUACUUAUUAAACUUGCUAACAACAGUUUUAGCGGAUCCAUGCCUAUGAAUUUUGGAAGCCUCAAGGGUCUCACCAAAUUAUAUUUGGGGGGCAAUCGAAUUGGAAUUGGAAAAGCUCAUGAUUUGAGUUUUCUUGAUUCUUUGACCAAUUGCAGUAGAUUACAAGAAUUGGAUGUAGGCGAUAAUUGUCUCAGCGGUUCAUUGCCUGAUUCCAUGGGUAAUCUUUCUACUCAGCUGAGAAUACUAUGGUUAGGGAGUAACAGGAUAUUCGGAAGCAUACCAUCUGGGAUUCAGAAUCUCGUCGGCUUAACAACACUGAGAAUGGAGUACAACUCUCUUACAGGUACUAUUCCUAUUGGUGUUGGGAAGCUUAACAAAGUGGGACGACUUUCCUUUGGUGGAAAUGAUUUAUCAGAGGAAAUUCCAUCUUCCUUGGGUAAUAUCACCCAAUUGUACUUACUUGAUUUGUUUGGAAAUAGCCUAUGGGGAACCAUACCUUCAAGUCUCGGAAAUUGUACAUUGCAGUUUAUGUAUCUCCAAAAUAAUAACUUGAGCGGUACCUUACCCAGAUCACUUUUCAGCAUUCCCUCUUUGACCGAACUCCGUUUUGAAAAUAACUCUUUUACCGGUUAUCUGCCAUUUGAAGUCAGUUACUCGAAUGCUCUUGGAAGAUUCGGUGUUUCUAAUAACAAAUUGUCAGGCGAAAUUCCAAGCUCGCUAGGCAAUUGUCUCGGUUUAGAGUAUCUCUGUUUGGAUGGGAACUUGUUUCAAGGAUCAGUUCCUCCAACAUUUUCUAAUCUGAAAGGCCUUCGACUCCUGGAUCUUUCACGCAACAACUUAUCGGGGAAGAUUCCAAGAUAUCUGGAGAAGUUUGCUCUAGAGUAUCUAAAUCUAUCCUUCAACAAUUUCGAGGGUGAACUACCAAAACAAGGGGUCUUUGGAAAUAUCAGUCGAGUUUCAGUGGUGGGAAAUAGUAAGCUUUGUGGGGGUAUUCCAGGAUUACAAUUGCGACCAUGCUCUAAACAGGGGAAGUCUCAUGCUUCGAAAGUAAAAAUCUCAAUAAUUGUUGUGGUGUGUCUAAUUUCCUUAUCAUGUUUCUUUACCACCUUUUAUUGUGUAAGAAAGUCGAGAAGGAAGCCUUUUUCUGUGCCUUCUAUGGAGGAUCCGGGAAGUAAGCCUUUUGGUCUGUCUUUUUUGGGCAAUUCGUCUUUGAAGUUGUCUUAUGCGGAUCUCUUUAAAGCAACAGAUGGGUUCUCUCCUGCCAAUUUGAUUGGCACUGGAAAAUCUGGCUCUGUAUAUAAAGGGUUUCUACAUGGUAAUGAAACUACAGUAGCAGUGAAAGUCUUCAACCUCCAGCGGCAAGGAGCUAUGAGGAGCUUCAUGGCUGAAUGUGAAGCCUUGAGAAAUAUGAGGCAUCGGAAUCUUGUUAAGCUGUUAACUUGUUGCUCAAGCAUUGAUUUUAAGGGCAAUGAUUUUAAAGCUCUGGUUUAUGGGUACAUGUCCAAUGGAACUCUAGAUGAGUGGUUGCACGAAGAUGGCAGUGAGGAGGGGAUCAAAAGGAACUUGAAGCUUAUUAAAAGGCUAGAGAUAGCUAUAGAUGUGGCUUUGUUUUUGGAUUAUCUACAUAAUCAUGCCUCAAUCAUUCAUCGAGAUUUAAAACCCAGCAACAUCCUUCUUGAUGAUAACAUGAUUGCUCACAUGGGUGAUUUUGGGACAGCCAGGUGCUUAGAUGAGAUUGCUCAAACUAGGACGGUUGUGAUUAUGGGAUCUGCUGGGUACAUCGCUCCAGAAUAUGCUAUGGGCAAUAAACCAUCUACACAAGGAGAUACUUACAGCUAUGGAAUCCUUCUAUUGGAGAUGAUCACUGGAAAGCGACCAACUGAUGAGAUGUUUAAGCGCAAUCUAACCCUUCAUCAUUUCUCUAAGUUGGCUUUGCCUGACCGAGUAAUGGAGAUUGUUGAUCCACGAUUGCUCGUAGAAGAAACUGAAGUUACUCAAGGCAAUGAAAACCAUACCAAUUCAAGAAAUAGAAUGCAUGAUUGCUUGAUUUCAAUGGUUAAAAUUGGUGUGUUGUGCUCUUUGGAAUCUCCAAAAGAACGAAUAAAGAUGAGAAAUGUUGUUGCAAAAAUGCGUGCAAUCAAGGACUUAUAUCUAAGGGUUGGGAUUACAGACAGUUGUUGAAAUUGGAUAGCAAUGCUGGAGGAGAAACAAAAGUACAGAGACAGAGUGAGGUUUGCCAUGUGCAGAACUGUGUGGAGGCACUUGACGGGCUAAAGGCGAGAAACUCCAAUACAAUUAUCAGUAGCAGCAAUGCUGUGUCUACGACGACCGACCGGAUAGGCAAUGUUUGAUUCUGGAGUGGGAAGCCCGAAUGCUCUUCCAACAUUGCCAUCUUCUUGCAAAAUAACCUAUGAUUGGGAACGGCCCAACACUCUCCCCUAUAUAUAUAUAUAUAGGCCAUUCCACUCUUCAGGUGAGCCAAAAUGUAUAAGACAAAUAAGCGGCCCAAAUAAUUUUGUAAGUUUAAUAGCCUAAUUGAUAGGCCAAAACAUCCGAAUUUCAUGCUGGAGAAUUUGUCUUAUACCCUUGAGCUGUGUUGGUACAUGUGCUUGCUUGUAGAUGGGCAGGGAUUUACACGCAUGUGGGCUUAGCGUCUGCAAACCUUGGAAAGCAAUUAGAGAAAAAGAUACAAGAUUUUUAAUCAGUGGACAAAACUAUUUACAGAUUCAAUUAUAAAAAUCAAGCUGUUCCAUACUUAAAGAAGGCCACCUUGUAUAAAAACAAAGGACGGCCCUUGUUUUGCACAGUUGCAUGUCUGAGAGUGAGUGGAAUGGUCUGAUUUUUAUUAGAGUAGAAAAUCUGAAAAAGUGUGACUAUAUGAUAAAAUCUUGGAUCUCGGAC